GAACCCGGAUAUAAUUUUAACUGAUUCGCAAUAAUAAGACUAAAUAGCGAGAAAUAGAAUAUGGAACCUCAGUGCGAUAUAGUCGGUCCCGCGGUGAACAACUUCUACCAUCAACAUAGUUAAGCACCAAUCAUGAUGCGUGUUCUAAUCUGCGUUGCGCUUAUUGCAUGCGCAUACGCAUACGACUAUGACGACGACGUGCAGCAAGUGCAGCAAUCCUCUCUGUCCUUGAAAGGAGGUCACGGAGACUUCGAGUAUCUCUCUAGCGCCAACCUUGAAUACAUCUUAGGAAAUAGAACUCAAAAAAGCCAUUUCGGAAACUCUACUCACGGUUUCAGACAAAACAUGACACUUGUACAAAAUCAAGCGAAAUUGGAAAUUGGAGUCUGCUAUAUUGAAGUGCCAACUGCAACUUUAGUACGGGAUGGCAAAGCACAAGCUGGGAAUGGGUCUCAACCACAUCUCAGCCGCAUCAGAUCCUGCUGCAGAGGCUACAUCAGGAAUAUCCAUAACUUCUAUAAAUGCGAUCCAGUUUGCACUCAGGAGUGCGUUAACGCCUUGUGCACCGCUCCGGAUACUUGCACCUGCUUCCCUGAUCACGUAAAAAAUCUGGCUGGUUUCUGUACUCCUACGUGUCCGAUUGGCUGCCAAAACGGACAGUGUUCUGGAGGAGAAUGUCUGUGUAAACAGGGAUAUAAACUAGAUUUGCAAAGUGGACGAUUCUGCAUACCAGCUUGUCAGGAAAAUUGUGGAGGCAUUGGAAAUUGUACCGCCCCGAACACGUGCGACUGCAAAACGGGUUACAAGUCCUCACCAGAAGGAUCUUGCAAACCGGUGUGUGACCGUUGCACGAACGGAGACUGCGUGGCGCCUGGAGAAUGUCGCUGCCAUCAAGGCUUUGCAAAAGAUCAACAAGGAAUUUGCACUCCUCGAUGUGAAUUCGGUUACCAUAGUACUCCAAAUGGCUGCAAACCGAUAUGCAACUCCUGCACUAACGGCGAAUGCGUCGGGCCCAAUGAAUGCCGUUGUAACCAAGGCUACGCCAGAGAUUAUCAGGGACAGUGUAUUCCUCAGUGCUAUCCUUCGUGCGGACCGGCAAGUCGAUGUGUAUCGCCGAAUGUUUGCGAUCCUCCAGUCCGCCCACAACCACGUCAACCCUAUCAGCCUGAUCAGACGUUCUACCAACCAACUCAACCUCAUAAUCUGUACCCCUUACUCCCUCAGAAUCUGAAUGGUACUGAUCCUUUACCUCAAGGCGUUCCACAAUGCGCUCAACCCUGUUUGAACGGAUUCUGUAUCGGAAAUAACAAGUGUAGCUGCAAUGCUGGAUAUGUGCCGGAUCAGAGCGAUCCUAGUGGAUUCAUGUGCAUUCCUAGCUGCCCCGGCGGGUGCCCCAAUGGAGUAUGUUCAGCACCCAACUUCUGUAUCUGUAACAUCGGCUACAUCAAGGACCGCAGCGUGAAGGGUCGCGCUGUCUGUAUUAGACGCGAAAAGAGAAGCUUAAACGUAGCCGAGCUCCUCGUUUAUAUGAUCCCUGAUAACGCAUACUAAGAUUUUGUAAUGGUAUUCGAAAUUCUUUAGUAUUUUUUUUUAAUAAAAAUAACUUUCUGUA